GACGACAGUAAUCAAAGCUUCCGCUUCCUUAUUUGUUUACUUACACCAAAAACCUCACACACCUACAAUGUGUAUGUGUGUGUGAAAAUUUGUAGAUCCGAAAAUUUCACCGAUGCUUGAGGAAUUAAAUUAAAUAAAUCACAGAAAACGACGGAAAAAUCAAUCUCAGUUCAGAAGAAUCAGUCCUGUUGUCUCUCGGAUCUGCAACAAUGUUAGAUGGAUUGCUUGGGCGCAGUGGUUUCAGCUCCAAAUGUAAAUCACUGAUUAAGCCGACGAGGACACGGAUAGAGGCGUUGCGGAGGAGGGCGGAGGCGAAACAGAGAUUUUUGAAGGAAGAUCUUGCGAAAUUACUUGCAAAUGGCCUUGAUGUUAAUGCAUAUGGAAGGACUGAAGACUUCAUUGCUGGAUUGAAUCUGCUAUCUUGUUAUAAUUUUAUUGACCAGUCAUGUGAAUAUAUUCUGAAGCAGCUAUCAGUCAUGCAGAAACUAGGGCAAUGUCCAGAAGAGUGCAGAGAGACUGUUGCAUCACUGAUGUUUGCUGCUGCAAGAUUUUCUGAUCUUCCUGAAUUGCGUGACCUCAGGGAUGUAUUUCAGGAGAGAUAUGGAAAUGGUUUAGAAUGUUAUGUUAAUCAAAUGUUUGUUGAGAAGUUAGCCUCUAAACCUCCUGUGGUGGAGAAGAGAAUAAAGUUAUUGCAAGAUAUAGCAGCAGAGUUUUCUAUUCAGUGGGAUUCCAAAGGAUUUAAACAAAGGAUGGAUUCACCCUCCACACUUGCUCAGGAUCAAGUAAGGAAAUCUGUAGCUUCGAUUACCACUGAUGAAAAUAAUGAUUUUCGGAAAAAUGAUCAUCGAUCUAAAGAAAGAAUAGAGCAGAUUCCCCAUAAUGAUGGGAGUGUAAAUGUUAGGAGGAAAGAGGUGUUUGUGAGAACAGAAGAAAAACAUGCUCAGGACCAAGCAAUGAAAUUUAGAGCUUCAAAUGUCACUGAUGAUAAGUACAAGGUACCAAAUGGAAAUGUGAAAACUGAUGAGCGUUCUAAAGAAAGAAUUGAGCAUUCUUAUGUGGGGCCCACAUUGGGAAGACAAGAAAAACUUCACAAUCUCAAUCUCAAUCUCAAACACCAAGUCUAUUUGUCCAAACCAAGGCCGGAAUCUGAUUCCGGGAACAACGGAAUCGGAAACAACCAUAUUUCAGCCACUUCUUAUCUCGACAAAAGGCCAGAAAGACACACCAGAAUGCCACAAGUCAACAGGGAAGAACAAGAAGAAGAAUAUGUUGAAAAGUCAACUACAAGGAAAGUGCAAGAGAAGGAGGAAGAACCAGUUAGGUUGUUAAAACCAUGCUACAACAAUACUCCUCCUCUUCCACCACCAUACAUUAUCAAGUCAAACAUCCCACCACCAUACACCAAACCCAACCACCACCAACAACCUCCAUCCGACCUCCUGCCGCCACCCAUCUCCGAGAGGAGGAACAAAGAGCAAAACCAAAACGACAUGCCUUUACCCAAACCAAGAUCAGUGAGAAGAAAACACUCGAAAUCAUCAUCUAGUCAUGACGAUGUAGGAAGCUCGGAAGAUUCUAGAAUCGUGAAGAGAGUUUCUAGUAGCAGAAGAAAAGAAAGAAAAGGGUUACAGAUAUUAUUUGAUGAUGAGCAUUAUCACCAUAAAGCUAAAGCUAAAGACGAAGAGGAAAAAAUGAUGGAUAAGUUAUUGUUACAUUAUAGUAAAAAACCAUCGGCUUAUGAUCAUGGGAAAGUAAGGAGGAAAAAAUCAACCAAAUCUCCUCCUGUGAAUGAUAAUGAUAAUGAUAAUGAUGAUGAGGUGGAGGUGGAAACGAACGUUAGUGUUCCUCCCAUGAGAUCGAUUUCGCUUCCUCAUGAAUCGGAUGCGAAUAAUAAUAAGAAGAAGAAAGUGUACGCACGUGCUAAUUCGUUUCAGCCGGAUAAUCAGGCGCCACAUGUGCAUCCUAAGUUGCCGGAUUAUGAUGAUUUGGCGGCUAGGUUUGCGGCUUUGCGAGGGAGGUGACUGAAUGUUUGUUUGACUAGAUGAGUGUAGAGUUUUACUGGAUUAUAUAAUAUAUAUAUUUACAUGAUGAAAUUUGAGACAUCUAUCUACGUGUAACAUAUUUACAUGAUGAAAUUAUGAAAACAUUUGAUUCAUUC